AUGGAGGAGUCGAGCGACAGGCUUGUACGGUUAGGGCAAGACGCGACGCCAGAAAUUCUGCCAACCGGAUACAGAGAGAUCACGACGGUAGAUGACUUAGCAAUUCAAUCCACCACACAAGACCUAGCCGCAGCAGGUGGACUAUACAAUCAUGUUAACCACUCGUGGUUGUAUAGACAGAUCAGAACGUUAGACCAAAUCAGAGAGAGGUCGACGACGACCGAACCAUACUUCUUUUUUUUUGUGAAAAGGAAACCAUACUUCUUUAUUCCUCGUGAUGAAAAAGAACUAAAAGAAGAAAGUCAACAACGGCCACGGCCAGCUCUUCCUAAGGCUAGACCGAGACGAGAUCCUCCUCCUCGAGUAUCUCGACGGUCCUCACAGGUAUCUCAACCUAUUUAUCUCCGCCACAGGUUUCAGCCACGGUCACGUAAUGAUGACUCUUCUUCACGGCGCCAACGCUGA